AUGAGCUUCGAUAUUCCGACUGUCGCUGAAAUCCAACUCGCCGCUGAGAGUUGUCAACGUAUUACACAAGACGAUGUUUCAGCCAUUUCGCAGGCCGAGAGUGCACUAACUGGACAUGGACCUGCUCGGGGUGGACCAGCCGCCACCGCCCAGAGUCUAUCAAUGCGGCAAAUGAAUUUUGAAAACAAGGUCGAUGAAAUCUCAAGGAAACCACCAACCUCGAUCUCAGUCACGGAUGCAGAUGAAAUCCAAGCAACAGAGGGAAGAGCAUUCAAUCAACCCCUUGGAAUCGGCUUUGUCACUGCUCAGGUCCGAUCAAUUGCCGACAGCAAUGAGGCUCUGGGACUGACUGCGAGCGCUGAUGUGCCUGUUUACGUCACAAAGGAUGAUGCUCGCGAUGCGCAGCAUGCCGAGGCCGCUGUAUACGGAGGCCAAAACCCUCAGGGUGGUCAGGCGGCACAAAUGCAGGCAAGUUUGAAUUGA